GACACUGAAUGAAAGUGCUUGACUGCUUGGGAAAUUAUGAACAAUUGUUUCUUUGUGAAUUGGUUGUUUGGUCUCAGUGACAUUACAUAGGCCGGAAAAACUAACUGCUAAACUAGUGCUAGGCCUUUUGCUUAUUGGCAGUACUGCUGCAAAGACGUGCUUGUGCCUAGGCCUGCGUUCUAGGCCGGCCAAUUAAAGAUUAUGCAAAGGUACUACUUUCCUGCUGCAUAAUAAGCAAGCUCAAUUGCCAUGAUCAACCUCAUAGCCAGGUACAGGUCAAAGUGUCACCCUCUUCUCAAGGGAUUUUCACCUUGUACCCAUGUAACCAGUCAUUCCAGGGGUAAUUUUUAAGAGUGGUGGGGUAUUCUGCACUCUGCCCAGCAUGCAUGUGCGCAAGUCUGAGUAAACUAGACAGUCCAACAAUGUGGGGUCCCGCCACCAGUCAUGUCCUGCUCAUCACCUUGGCAGUUCUGUGUGAGCGAACUGGGCAGCACAGCUCUCUCGAUGCCAGCAAUUUGGACAUUUUCUACGACCCCGCUGCUAAAGCCCCACUGGGCUCCCACCGCGAGCCCACCGACUUUCUUGAUGAGUUGUAUGAGGUCCCUGGACCCGAGGAGUUCAACCGGCGCUAUGUCAGCCAGUACCGCCCCGUGGUCUUUCGGCAAGCUGCGCGGCAGUCCAAAGCGUACCAUCUGUGGACUGAAGAGUAUCUCACCCAGAAGUACGGUAACUUGACUGUGAGACUAGAGGCAAGACACGAAGAGAACUCGCGAAUACCGGCUGGUGUUGGGGGCCUUGGGCGGGACACCAUCGCUCAUUUCCUGCAGCACUACCAGUCAUUGGACGGCUACAUCAUAUCCACGGUCCCUUCCCCAAUGGAGCCUGACAUUGCCAUCCCUCCCUGCUUGACCUGUGGCUCUUUCUCACGAAGCAUUCAGGAAGUCCACUUGUUUCUGAGCUCUAAAGGUGGCAAGACCCUUCUUCACAGAGACCCGUACAGCUCAGUGCACUGUGUCUUCAAUGGAACCAAGCAGUGGCUUGUCAUUGAUCCUAAGCAGAAAGCCUCUCUGUACAUAUCAGAAGAAUCAACCUAUGAGUUUGGUGGAUAUUCAACCAUCGAUGUAGAUAACGCAGACUUGACCAGGUACCCCAAGUUAAGAAAUGUGGAGUACGCUCGGGUCAUACUGAACAAAGGAGAUUGCAUCUAUAUGCCGAGUGGUUACAUGCACCAGGUGCGCUCCAACGGUUACCUCAAUGCAGCGGUCUCCAUAUGGUUCUCUCAUUACUAUGAGUUUGACAAUAAGGGUUGCCUUGACAACCAUGGCCCAGCCGACUUCCGGCCAAUGAAUGAGGUGGAUGUGUUGUGGAGGUACAGUGGUCAUGGCAACCUAUCGCAGGGCAUGAUGGACAUUCACGUGCUGAGAACUGUCUUGCAGACUGUGGCAGACAAAGAUGGCAAAAUAUGGAUUGACAGUUUUGUGACCAAUUUCAUUUAUGGCGAAAAGAAUGACCCAGGGUAUUACAAGAUGAGACAAGAUUCGUUCCGUUCAGCAAUAGAUCCUUCCAACAGGGGCUACAUCACAGUGGAGGAGCUGAACAGCUUCUCCAUCUCACAGCUCAAGGACCUGGUGUUGUCACUGAAAGUUCUGGACCCAUCUGAUACGGACCGGUUUGAGUACGCUCACAUCCAGGCCUAUGACGUCAGGAUUUUGUACGAGGACCUGUUAAGUGAGAGCCCAGAUGAAACCUUCAAAAGAAGUGAGUUUGUUGAGGCCUACGUUGAAGAUCUUGGAGGCACCAGCGUAGUUGCAAAUGAGAUUUUAGAUCACUUUGGGAAAGAUGCUGACACAAUCACUGCUGAAAUGGUGGACAAAAUGGCCGAUGCCUCCCUCUCCCAAUUUCAGGAGGUCCCGGAAUUCGACCCAUUUUUGGAACACCUGUGGUACAAGCACUUGGUCAAGGAAGGCAUCAUCCAGAAAUUCAAGGUUGUGCAUGACGAACUGUGAGUCAACGUUCUCUGUUUGUGAAGAAGGCCUAAUAAUGGUGUGUCCAGUAAGAACUGUGUUAGACAUUCCUACAAAUUAAACUUUCCAAACCCUGUCUCAUCCAUACAUCCAUCCACCUGUCCAAAGAACAGGGGGAGGGGUGGGGCUUAAAGAUGAUUGUUGUUUCCUGUGAAGAAGAUUUGUGUCUGAGCAUGACUUUCCUAGUAGGUGUGUCAGCUUGUACCCCAUAUGACCACCUAUCUAGCAGUGUAGUUGACAUGCCAAUUUUUUUUUUUCAUUUUAAUUUUCUUCACAUUUAUGUGGAUGUAAUCCACUUUGUGAAACCAACUGACGGCAGAAUUGAAGUUGAAUUUUUUCAUGAGUCAAUUACAAGUUCAUUAUGCCAACUCUCGAGUUUUGUGCCAUGAAAUGGGAUGAUUAGAAAUCAGAGGAAUGCCUUCAUCACAAUGAAUUGCAUAGCUUGUGACUCAAAGUGAGGCUGUAUGACCUGUGAUGGACCUGUGUUGGACCUGUGAUGGACCUGUGAUGGACCUGUGAUGGACCUGUGAUGGACCUGUG